UGUGAUCUUCACGAAUUUUCACUAAUUAUAUUUUCCUCAUCACCACUGUGUCUUCUCAUCCCUCUUAGAGGAGGAAAAAAAAAAAUCAAACAAAUAAUUCAAAUGAUUAAAUCAAUAACACAGACCACCAGAGCUAGCUUGCAUACGAUAGAUAUGUCCUCCAGCAAAGGUAAAGAUAUCGCAGAAGGAUCAUCGUCCUCAACGUCGAGGCUUUCAGCUUCUUCGGCUCCUGCGGUGGCUCCGGCGACGGCCCAGCAACAGCCGCUGAGCCGGUAUGAGUCACAGAAGAGGAGGGAUUGGAACACUUUUGGGCAGUACUUGAGGAAUCAGAGGCCUCCGGUGGCUUUAUCACAGUGCAGUUCCAAUCAUGUUCUUGAUUUUCUGAGGUACUUGGAUCAGUUCGGGAAGACUAAGGUGCACUCACAGGGUUGUCUGUUCUUCGGCCAAGCGGAGCCGCCGGGGCCAUGCACGUGUCCUCUCAGACAAGCUUGGGGCAGCCUGGACGCGCUCAUCGGACGGCUGAGAGCUGCGUACGAGGAAAAUGGCGGCUUGCCGGAGACAAACCCCUUCGCCAGCGGCGCCAUAAGAGUUUACCUAAGGGAAGUGAGGGAUUCUCAGGCUAAGGCAAGAGGAAUCCCUUACAAGAAGAAGAAGAAGAAGAAGAGGAAUCUAGUGAAGGAUAGCUCAAAUAAUAGCUUGCCUAUGCAGUAAUUAAAGCUUCAUUUGGUUCCUUCUUGGCCUUGUUCAAGAUCAUUACACGGUCUCUAAAUAAUGUCGAAGUCAUGAGAGAAAGAGGGAUCUCUGUUGCUGACAAUAUAACAUGGCUGGCUGGAUGGAGUGGGAAGGUCAAGUCAAAUCCUUUCGUGGUCUUUGUGCUUAAAAUGAAGGACAUCGUAUGUUAUAUUUGAAUGCGAAUAUGUAUUUAGGAUGGAAGUUGAGGAAGAUUAAUACUUGGUAUAUAAUUAGCUUGAGAAACUCAUUCUAGUUUACGUAUCUCUAUAAUUCAUCAGCGUUUACAUAUAUAUAUAUAUAUAUAUAUAUCAGGCAAGGAUAUAUAUAUAUAUGUAUAUCCUAAGAAGCUAGCUAGCUAGAUAGUGUGUUUAUGAUGCAACCUUGGAAGUUGGAAUCCUUUGUAUCCUUUGACUGCGCACAUUCAAGGAAUUUUUGCAGAUUGUUAUUCCUA